AUGGAGACUCCACGGGACUGCAAAGGAGAGGGGGGAGUGAAAACCUACAGAUUUAAGGGUGGAACUCUGAUCUUCCUUUUCUCGCCCUGCUCUCAGAUUACCAGAAGGCAGGAUAUUGAAGGAUUCUUCUUCCAGACCCCAGAGAAAAGACCUACAGCACCAGGGAGUGUCGUGGAUGCCUACGAGCAGGUCCAAAAAGGACUCCUAAAGCCGAAAGGCGUUGCAGAGCUCAGAGUGACCAAACGGAAGAAGAAAAAGAAGGACAAAGACAAAGCUAAACUCCCAGAAUCAAUGGGAAUGAACAAAAAGAACGAGGAGCAGAAGCAGCACGGCCUGGACAAGCGGACCCCGGCCCGGGCAGCCUUUGAGAAAAUGCAGGAGAAGCGGCAAUGGAAAGGAUCCUCAAGAAAAGCAUCCAAAACCCACAAGCAGAGAGUGGAGGACUUCAACAGACACCGGGACACACUCACAGAGCAUUACAUUCCCAGUCAGCUGGACGAAGUAGCCACCUGCCCCCAGUAGGGAGCAGCAUCGAGGGUUGGCAAAAGGCCAUGCUGGGGUUGUGUGUGUUUCCUUUGGUAUAUUCUAGAAACAUGGCUUUACACACACCCUUGCA